ACAAUCAAAAGCAGAUCACAAACAGCCCCUCCAGGACUCGAAGGUGAAUGGUGCGCUCGGCACACCCGACUCGACAAAAGCGGAGGCCGGUCUGCAACGACUCAGGUGUGUAGCCUCCCCUCUUUAAGAAAAAGCGGAAGAGCUCCACUUCCGCUGCGGGUACCCGCUCGAGCUGCAGGGGGCAAUCCUAUUCCGCGGAACCCCUACUCCCCCCAAUCCUGCCAACCCCCUUCUCCAGCCAGACUCGCGGUUCCAGGCGGUGUCUACAUCCUGCCUUCUUAGCGGCGAGGGGGGAGGAGGAGACAGCGAGUGAGUGAGAGAGCUAGAGAGAGAGAAAGAGAGCCGGAGGGAGGCGAGACAAGCCAGUAAAUCUAUCAGGAGCGAGCAGAGAGGCGGCCUGCAACCCGAGAAGAGGAGGGGGACCUUCUUCUUCUUGGUCUGUUUUUUUAUUUUGCGUGUGGAUUUUAAAACACAAGCCGGCGGCGCGCUCUGAAAGUUGGACCCCAGACGAUUUGGACGACCCCCCAUCCCCACCCCCCUUGAAGGAGGCAGCGGCGGCUUCCACCAACCGGAAGGCUGUGGCCCCGUACCCCUCAAGCGAGCAUGAGGCUGCUGCCUGGGUUGCUGCUGUUGGCGCUGGCCGCUGCGCCUCGGGUUCACGUCGCCGCGGGACAGACGUGGUCGUUGGUCGAUGACGAGGGCUCGACGGCGGACGACUUUUACGAUGACGAGGACCUCUACUCGGGAUCCGGCUCUGGAUUUCCCGACAUCAGCGUGAGGCCGACGUCCGUGUCGCUAUCUUCCACCACGGAGGAUCCUGUUCCCCAGUCCACCACUCAGGCCACAAGCCCUGCCCCCUCGGCCGCACCCGCGGCCGAGCCCAGCGCUGACCCCACCGUCACCGCUACGACUGGCGCCCCUACGACCGCCGCUCCCACCACCGUCAUCGCCACUUCUUCCGCCGCCUCCACCGUCCUGCCGACCGAAGCGGACGGCGAGAGCGGCGCCUUCUGGGAACUGGAGUUGGAGAAGGAGAAGCAGCUGGAGAGGGAGCGCGAGCGAGAACGGGAGCGCGAGCGGGUUCGAGAGAUGGAGCGCCAGCGGGAGAGAGAGCGGGAGCGUGAACGGGAACGGGAACGAGAGCGCCAGCGGGAGCGGGAGAGAGAGCUAGAACGCAUACGGGCCGCCGCUGCCGCCCAGACCACCGCCGCCCCUAAAUCCUCAGCUCCCGUCGCCACGGUAACAACGCCCAAAGAAGAAGAAGAGGAGGAUGUGUACCUGUCGCCGGAAACCACGUCAGACGUGGAUAUCACCACAAAGGAGGACGUGCCGACCACGGAGGAGCCCACCGCCGCCGCCACCACCACCACUGCUGCCCCGCCCAGCAGCACCCUCAAGACCCGGUUCUCCUUCAGGCCCAGGGUCCCCGCGGCGACCACCACGCUGAGGACGCCCACCACGGUGAGAACGCCUACGGAGAGAAGCACGCGCCCACCGCAGCCUACAGCCAGCACACAGGGCAACAACGAGCUGGCGGCCGUGGGGCCCAGCGGCGACUUUGAAAUGAGCGAGGACCAGCGCAACGAGCUGGGCCGCGGCCUGGCGCCAGAAGAACCCGAUCUGGCGGGCAACACGGUGGACGGCGGCAGCUCGGCCGCGCAGCUCCCGCAGAAGAACAUCCUGGAAAGAAAGGAAGUCUUGAUAGCGGUCAUCGUGGGCGGCGUGGUGGGCGCCCUGUUUGCCGCCUUCCUGGUCAUGCUGCUGGUGUACCGCAUGAAGAAGAAGGACGAGGGCAGCUACACGCUGGAGGAGCCCAAGCAGGCCACCGUCACCUACCAGAAACCCGACAAGCAGGAGGAGUUUUACGCGUAACGCAAACACGCCGCCGCCAUGAGCACCACCGCGACGCCAAACCUCCUCCCCCUUCGAAACGCCCCACCCCCACCCCACCCCACCCGUCUCUCUCUCUCUCUUCCUUUCUUCUGCCAACCACGAGAGCGCCUUUUUUGCGGACUUGGAACUUUCUUUUCAAUGAACGUAUGGAAAAAGGGGACUGGGAAAAAAAACCAAGAAAGCAAAAAUAUUCUUUAAAAAAAAAAAAAAAAAAAGACAACCAUGUUUUUUUUCAAUGUUCUUAAUAUUCUCUUGUUCUUUAUGUGACAAUGCGGAUUAUUUUGUAAGAAAAACAUCAAAACUAAACACGUUUGUGUAUGACGGCGUCUAAAAACAAAAUGGUACUCUUGAAGACAAAUGUGCGAGGAGACGAGAGAGGAGGAAGCUGGCUACGAGACAUCCCGUCCGGUCAAAAAGCAACCAGAAUCUCGUCGUGUACAGACUCGCAAUGGAUGAUAAGAAUAUGAGGAGGAUCGUUUGGCCUGGAUGCUUCAAUUAUGAUCAUGACAAUAAUUAUAACAAAGCUGUAUUGAUAAUAUUACUGAAACAAGACCGUGUGUAUUUAGCUGUUUCCAAAAAAAGUUUAUAUGUAAAUAUCAGUGUUUUACUUUGAUGCCAUCACUAAUCCAUCAUGAUUUUUUUUUUUUUUAUUUAUCUGUCAUCACUUCAGAUGAGCUGUGCUCUGGUCACACAAACACAUGCACACACACACGGGGCUUCCAUUUUUUUGUCAACUUCUGGUCCAAAUAUUUGUAUCAUUUACUAGCCCAAUAUUUGACUUGAUUUCCAAAUAUUUCAUUUACCCUCCUCA